AAGAAGAAGGCACGACACCAAGAGCGCCUGGGGAGGGCGCUGUGAAACGCACUCGUCAUGACCACAACUAGUCAAAAGGGGCAGAAGACUUUGACACUUGGGACAUAUAAGGUAUGUAAAUGUCUGAGGAUAAGGAAGCCCAGGAGAAUGAACUGCUUGCUCUUGCAAGUAUCUACGACGAAGAGGUGUUCCGCCGUGCGGAGUCUGCUCAGGGAGGAGAGAUCCAGCUGUGUCUGGAGCUCCCUCCCGAUUUCAAGCUGCUAGCGAAAGGAGAGAAGACCGCUGAAUAUCAUGUCUGCUUUUUGCCUCCUCUGGUGCUCAACUUCGAGCUUCCUGCAGACUACCCCUCCAUGUCCCCACCGGUCUUUUCACUCAGCUCCAAGUGGAUGACCAAAGCUCAGCUCAGCUCUCUCUGCCAGCGCCUGGAUGAGUUGUGGGAAGAAAAUCAGGGUUAUGAGAUCCUCUUCAUGUGGAUCCAGUUCCUCAAAGAGGAGACUGUGGACUUUCUGAGCAUCCAGUCUCCUCUUGAACUCAGCAGAAGCAGCAGUAAGGGUGCUGGUGACCGACGGAAAGUGGAUCCUGCAGCCAAAGCUGGGACACAGAGCGUGAAUCAAUCUGAAAAGCCAGAGGAGAAGAAACCAGAGCUGAACAGAGCGAUCUCUGAGCAGCACCUUUCACCGACGUCUCAGUCGGACCCGCGCGCCGUGGUUUUGAUGGACCCGCACUCCGACCCCCUCCCUCAGCUGCUGGACUUUGACGAGGCGCAGCGGCAGAGGGCGUUCGACGGCAAGGUCUUCUGCUGUGGGAUCUGCUUCUCCGAUAAACUGGGCUCUAGCUGUCUCUGCUUCAAGGGGUGCCAACACGUUUACUGCAAGGCGUGCAUGACGGAGUACUUUCAAAUCCAAAUCCGGGAUGGGAACGUCCAGUGCCUUAACUGCCCAGAACCUGAAUGUACCUCAUUAGCCACUCCGUCACAGGUGAAACAGCUGGUGGACGACGAGCUGUUUGCCCGAUACGACCGUCUGCUCCUGCAGUCGACUUUGGACCUCAUGGCCGACGUGGUCUACUGUCCCCGUCAGUUCUGUGGCACGGCUGUCAUGGUGGAGCCGGACACGACCAUGGGCAUUUGCUCAGGUUGUCAGUAUGCUUUCUGCACGCUGUGCAAGCUGGGCUAUCACGGCGUCUCCCAUUGUAAAAUAACUGCAGAUGAUCUGCGUAACCUAAGAGACGAGUACCUGUCGGCCACCUCUGAGGGCAAGAAGUUCAUGGAGCAACGCUUUGGGAAGAGGGUGGUCCAAAAAGCAGUGGAGGAAUCCUUCAGCAGGGACUGGCUCAAAGAGAACUGCAAAUGCUGCCCUCGCUGUGGCACCAAUAUUCAGAAAGUGGACGGCUGCAACAAGAUGACGUGCACUUCUUGCAAGCAGUACUUCUGCUGGCUGUGCCUCGGUGCCCUCAGCAAAGUGAACCCAUACAGUCACUUUAACAACCCACAUUCACCCUGCUAUAACCAACUCUUCCACGGCGUCGACGUGGACGAGGACGAGUUCUGGAGCGACGAGGAGGACUGACACCGGUGGAGCGCCUCGCAGCCGUUCACGCACUUUAUCGUUCAUGCUCUUUAUAAUGCACUUUAUCCUUCAUCUGCCCUGGAGCUGAAAUGCCCCAACAAUCACAUGCAUUGACUCAGUUGUCAGGUGAUUUAAACAUUGCCACGCCACAAAGAAGCCAACAAGCUUGCAUGACUAGAAACUAGUUGCAGUCAUGGGAAUUAUAGAGGUCUUCUAAACUGGCAAUGAACACAUCUGGAGGAAUUUUGGUGACGUUUCGCUUCUCUUCUGUUAGCCUUUUACAUUUUUGUCUUGGACGUUCAUGGAUUAGGUCCUGGCAAAUGAUUCAGCAGGUUACCCAACAAAUGUUCUGAUUAUGAAGAGGUUAUAUUUUGAACUAUAAAAUUUAACUCAUGGGAAGGUUUGGUAAAAUAAGGUGCAGUUGUGUUUAGAGCCACAAUUUUGGUUUGCCCUAUUUUCUGUUAGCAAAGCAUUUCUUUGUGUAUUAAGGCAUUUCCCAGCGUUGUAAUAAUCAGGAUAAUAUAGCAAAUGUUGUUUUUUGGGUU